CACGAAACCACGACACUACGGAGCACCUUUCCAUUCCAUGUCUCAUCUACAAUGUCCGCUCCGCAUGAUGCACCGUCCCACGAUGCCUACUUGCACGCCAAACGGAGAAAGAUACGCAAAGGCACCCACAGCUGCUGGGAAUGCAAGCGGCGGAAGAUGAAAUGUAGAUUCGAUCCGCGCAUUGUUAGUGCCUCCUGCAACGGCUGUCGACGACGCGGCUCCCCGUGCAUCAGUCAAGAGUUUCCCGAGGACCACGAUUAUGUCCUUAUGGAUAUUGGGUCUAGCCGCAGUGAUGGCACUCCCUUUGAUGGCAGAACUCGUGCUGUCACGCCCAAUGAGACGGCAGACCCUGGUAUUCUCACGCCUCGGCCAACGAACAUGGAGGCUUCGCGAUACCGUAAAUCCGAGAGGCUAUCUCAGUUCUUGCAUAGAUUACUUCCAUCGCAUAAAGAUACUGAGAGCAUCUGCAACGCUACUCGCCAAUCCUCCGUCCUCUCCCACGAAUUAUUGACUACGCCAUACUCUAUCCUCUACCAGAACGGCCUCCAACCCCCCGAGAGUUUACUAACAACCCCCGAGCCAAACAUGCAUCCUGUUUUAAUCGCGAGAUACAUGCUCCAGCUUGCCAUUUUCCUACAGCAUCUUCCCCCGGAUCUCCACAAGGAGAUUAAAGGCCUGUCGGAACCACCCCGGGUCAUCAUGGAACGCUUAGCAGAUGUUGCCAUCCAUCACGUCACGACAAACGAGGACCUUAUCGGCAGCAUCGAGAGCCUCGAGUGCAUCAUGCUCGAGAGUUUGUACCAAGUGAACAUCGGGAACCUUCGCCGAAGCUGGGUCGCAGGCCGGAGAGCCAUGAGCGUCGCUCAGUUAAUGGGCCUUCAUCGAUCGGACAACCACAUACCAUACAAAACACUCGACCCCCAGGCGAAAAGCAAAUACAACACCCAGCUCAUGUGGCUCCGCAUCAUCAUUCUCGACCGCCACCUUUGCCUCCUCCUCGGUCUCCCCCAAAGCUGCCCCGACCACAACAUACCCCCCGAGACCCUCCUCGCCAACGACUGCCCCAUGGGCCGCCUCGAACACCUCCACUGCAUCGCCAUGUCCCGCAUCCUCGAUCGCAACGCAUCCAAGCCCACCCGGCGCGACCUCGCCGCCACCCGCGCCAUCGACCUCGACCUCCAAGCCGCCGCAACCAGCCUCCCCAGCAAAUGGUGGCUCGUGCCCAAACUCGACGCCUCGACCGACCUGCAAGCCGUGUUCUGGGACACCCGCCGCCUCGUCGUGCAGAUCUGCCACUUCAACCUCCUCAACCAGCUGCAUCUGCCUUAUAUGCUGCGCCCUUCCUCCUCGCCCACGGACAGCAAACACGAGUAUUCGCGACUCACGUGCGUCAACGCAUCGAGGGAGGUUCUCUCGCGCUACAGCUCGCUGCGCAGCUUCAACCGCAUCGCGUACAGCUGUCGCACUGUCGACUUCCUCGCCCUGAUGGCGGCCAUGGCACUGCUUCUUGCGCAUAUGGAUGGUCAUCGCGACGGGGCGGACAAUCUGCUCGCGAACCAGUACCUCGGCGAUCGUGGCAUGAUCGAGCAGGUGCAGGAGCAUAUGAGCGAGAUCAACAGGCUGAAUUCGGAUGAGCUGAGCGCGCAGAGUGCAGAUUUAUUGAAGGCGCUGUUGGCGGUCGAUAUGGAGAAAGGGACUGGGAGGGUGAGCGUGAAGGAGGCGGGGGUGGGCCAGGAUGGGAUGGGUCAAGAGGAUGAGGAGGGGGAGGAGGGCGUGGUGCGCGUGCAUAUUCCUUAUUUUGGAAUCAUUCGCAUUGUACGCGAGACUCCGACCACCAGCGGCAGCGACUCCCAAGCCCAACUCCGUCUCUCCUCCUUGACUCACUCCAGCGCCUUAACCCCCUCCGCUGACAACACCCCCAAUGCACUCUCCUUCGACGUCGCCGACACGGCCGCUAAUGAAUUUCCCGCACCGUCCGCGCACCAGCAACAGUGUCAAAACACCCUCUCCGACCCGGGCCUGUUUCUGACACCGUCCCCGCUGACGCAGGGCGGGUGUCCGGAGCUGGCAGCGGGCGGCGAGGACUGGGCGUUUCAGGGGGUGGAUAUGGCGUUUUUCGAGAGCAUCAUGAGGAAUGUUGGGGGCGGGGUUUGAGCUCUGCGUUGGCCUGGAGAGGGGUUGAGGAUUGUCGUGGUCUAUGUAUAAUAUGCUCAACACCUGGGAUGUUUACAGGGAUAACGGCGCAAUGGUACACGAUUCAACUGGUUUAGCGCCUUUCGGGUUUGAGAAUUGACUUGCUCAUGCUGGGUUGGGUGCACUAGAUUAAGACAGCAAUCCAGC